CCAUCGCCUUUCAUUCACUGCCAGAUGAUGGAAAUGCUAGCGCGCUGGCGGAGAGACUUGCAGACAUUAGCGUGGAUAACGCUUUCGAAGAGGUUCAAGGGGACGAGAUGACAAGAGAAGAAGGAGACAACUGGUUACAGCGAGAGGUCGACACCGAAGGCUUCCUUCCUGACCUCCUCCGCUCGGCCUUCCUGCUCUCUGCCAAGGACUCGUCCAUGCACAAGAGGCAACGGAAUGUUCCCCGGCUAGCUCGCAAGUCGCGUCUCCUCUCAGACGAAGUGCUCUGGAUCUUCGGCCCUCAACUCCCUCCCACAUGCGUGCAGAAGCCAUGGAAACAGCUCUACAGCAGCGUCAAGCACGGCAAGUCCUUCUCGCGCUUCAUGUCCAAAAUCCUCUUCCGGGGUCCAACGUUGCUCAUCUUCAAGGACAAACUGGGGUGUGUCUUCGGAGGGUUCGCCUCAGUGUCCUGGCACAAGAGCAACAAGUUCUAUGGGGAUGGCCGAUGUUUCUUGUUCUCCUCCUCCCCUAGGAUGAAGAUCUUCCCUGCCAGCAACGUCAACAACAACUUCAUGUGGCUCUCCACCAACUUGACCUCCUGCUCCAACGGGCUGGGGAUGGGAGGACAGAAGGACUUCUGGGGCAUCUACGUGGACACCAUGCUGGAACGAGGGGUGUGCCGAGCUCCUUGCUCUUCCUUCUGCAAGAUGCCCUGCCUCUCCUCCUCCCCCGAGUUUGAGUUCGAGGAGGUCGAGGUCUGGGGUUGCAUCCCCGACUACGUGGCAGACGAGAAGGAGCUGGAGGCAGCAGGGGUGAAGAGAAAGCCCGUGAAGUCGCUCGACGAUUACACGGCAAGGAAAGACGGCAAGACUGUUCUUGAUGACGUGGAGGCUAAGGCUAUUCUUGACGCGGCCGGGGUGGGAGGAUACAGCGACGACGUGCGUGCGUACGAUGCGGUGCUGGCGAAGGAGGAGAAGUCUCGAAAAGCAACCAGAGAGGAGGCUGACGCAGGCUCGGACAGCGAUGACUUGGAGUACCAGGACGAGGACUGA